AUGGCAUCCCUUCCCGCCUCUCUCCACCGCACCUCACCAAUCUCUCUCCCGGCGGUGCUCCUCCUCUUGCUGCUGCUGCAUGCAGCAGCCAUUGCGCUUUUCACUCGCGGAUUCCUCCUCACGCGCGUGGAGCUAUCAGUCCGAAGCACGCCUGCAGAUCGCACGGCGUGGCGAUCGGGUACUGGGGAAUUUCUGAAAUACACAGACGGAGGAGAAGGCGGGGAAACUGGAGGAAAAAAAGGUUCUGGAGAGGGGAUUGGAAGAGGCGAAUGCGGGAUCCACGGGAAUGACGGGGAUCGGAAUUCUCAGAGGACCGAGGACUUUGAGCAAGAUGGAGGGGGUCUGAAUGCGUUGUAUGACAAGGUUGUGAUUGUCGUGAUUGAUGCUGCGAGGUUCGACUUUGUCGCCAACACCACCAGCUAUAACCAAGGGCGGCCUGGAUCGUGGAUAGGGCGGUUGAAGGCGGUGGGGGAGAUAGUGAAAUCUAUGGGGCAUGGUGCUGCUCUCUUCCGAUUCACUGCCGACCCUCCUACCACCUCGUUGCAGAGGAUUAAGGGGCUGACAACGGGUGGACUGCCCACGUUCAUUGACGUGGGCAGCAGCUUCGGCAGCUACACCAUCACAGAGGACAACUUGCUCUUCCAGUUGCUGAGCGUGGGGAGGCGCCUGGAGAUGAUGGGCGAUGACACAUGGCUGGACGUCUUCCCCUCCGCCUUCAACCGAUCCACGCCCUUCCCCUCCCUCGUGGUCAAGGACAUCCACACAGUGGAUGACGGUGUGUUGGCCAACAUAUUCCCAGCUCUCAACCGGGAUGACUGGGACCUCCUCAUCGGCCACUUCCUAGGCGUGGACCACGUGGGGCACACCUUUGCAGUGGACUCACCCAUCAUGGACACCAAGCUCGACCAGAUGAACCAAAUGAUGCUCGACGUGGUGGCAGCAAUGAAGGCGCAGGCACACAGGGGCGGCAGGCACGAGCGCUCGCUGCUGCUCUUCAUGAGCGACCAUGGGCAGACGCUCACAGGGGACCAUGGGGGAGGCACUCCCGAAGAGGCUCAUGCCUUCCUCCUCGCAGUCUCCAUGCAACCACCACCACACCCACUGCCUGCCUUUCUCUCUGCCUGCCCCUCCCCUGUACGUCCUACUCUCUUGAACCAAGAGCAAGCAGGGGAAAAGGACAUGGCGCAAAGGGCUGGCGGUGGUGAAAAGGAAUGUUUUGAGGAGCUGCCGCAGAUUGAUUUCACUCCAACACUCUCCGUGCUUCUGGGUGCUCCCAUCCCCUUCGCCAGCGUGGGCAAAGUCAACCCGCACAUGCUCGCACUCUCCCCUGCUGCCUGGGAACCACUGCAACCACCAGCACCCACAUGCAAUCACACAGAAUUGAACUUAAAAAAUCGCACUGAGGAAGGCAGCAAAAUAGAUCCAGCUGUGCGUUUCCUCUCCCGCCUCUCUUCUGCUCUCAUGAUGAACGCAUGGCAGGUGCAUCGCUAUCUCUCUCGCUACUCCAACGAAGCCCCCUCGCCCUUCCCGCACCAGCCUUUCACUCACCUGAAACAACUCUACACACACGCACAAUCCACAGCCACCCCCCUUCUCUCCUCCUCUCGCACACCCUCCCGCUCCUCCUCUCUCAUCUCCUCCAUCCAAGCUCAUCUCGCCUAUCUCGAUGGUGCUGCAGCCCUAGCUAGAUCCCAAUGGACUCAUCACCCCCUCCCUCACUCCCUCACUCCCUCACUUCCUCCCUGCCUCACUCUCCCUCUCCCCCUCUCUCCCUCUCUCCCUCACUCCCUUCCUACCUCACUUCCUCCCUCGCAUGCUGCCAUUGCUCCCUACCUUGGCUGCCGCUCGUUUUCCCUUCUCACACCACUUCCCUUGCGUGAUUUGAUAAACCUUGGCGGAGGGACACGUGGCGGCUUUCCUGCUGGCCACGUCAGCACUGCUUCACCUCCGGCAGUCCCUUGUGGCGGGCAGCUGGAGGGGCGUUGUGCAGUGCGUUUCUCGAUAGAUAUUCCUUCCGCCUUCUCCUCUGUUGCGCUGGCCUAUAUUAAGUGGUUCAUUUGGGGCCUCCUCUCUGCUUCUAGUCAACGCCUUGCUCAUAGCCUUGGGUCUCUCCGCCUCGCACAAGCUCUCCUAUCCCUUCCCAUGCCGCCCUAUCCCUUCCCAUACCUCCGAUUCUUCUGCCGCUUUCUCUCCAAAAUUCUCCUGAUACGUGCUUCUCCUGCUGCUCCUGUUGCUGGCGGAAGCAAGCACGAGGGGAGUGGGAAGAGCAGGAAGAAGAAGAAGGAUGGUGUGGUGCAGACUGCUGAAAAGGCUCCAGAAUUUGAGCAGCAGCACAAUGGUCUUGUUUCAAUGCCACAGCAGCUUCCUGGGUAUGGUGUGCGGCAGCAGCAGCAAGCGCAGGAGCAGAAGCUUGGCCGUACCCUCAUUCAUCUGAUUGGACUGUUUGGCGUGCCCAUUAUACUCGUCGGUGGUCGGUCCAUCCCCGUAAUUCUGCUGCUCGGCGCCCUCCAAGGAAUGCUCUUUCUCAGCUUGAGUCACAGCCAUGCCUCAGUCCCAUCAUUCAUCCUGUGCUGUGUUGAGUGGAGCCUGCUCUCCUUCCUCCUCUUCUUUGCCUCAGGCCAUGCGUGCACAUUUGAUGGAUUGAGGUACACAGCUGCCUUUACUGGGUUCAAUGACUUCCAGUACCAUCGCCAGGGAGGCUUGCUAGCGCUAGACACGUUUGGCUUCUCCCACCUCAUACCAGCCCUCGCCAUACCUCUUUUGGCAUUACUGGCACAUCCACGAACUCUGGACUCGCUGACACAAAUAUCAAUGAAGGCUUUUUUGUUGUUCCUCUUCCCCCGAGUGAUGGCUACGUUCACAACUACAGCAUUUGUUGCUGGGAUGCGACGCCACCUUAUGGUAAUCAAGCAGCAGCACUGA